UCACAUCGUUCACUCCGCAACGUCGUUUGACGCUUCAAUUUAUCCCCUGAGAGAAAAGAAAUUGGUGAAGAAACCGAAAGAACAGAGGAGGAGGAAGACAAAGAAGAACGAGAUAAGAAGAUCACUGAUUUUCUCUGUUCUGAAAGUGGUUGUGUUGGCUCUGUAUUUGGAGUUAGGGUUUAGUUUGAUGCGAAAAGGGGUUUUAGAAUCUGAGUUUACAGAGGAGAUAGUGAGGAUCUCUGAUGACAGAUCUCAUUCUGGUCGUGAUGUUGGCGAGAAAGUGACGAUCUUGGAAGAUGAGUUAAUGGGUUUUGCUAAAAGUAUAAACUUUUUGAGAUGCAGAGGUUCCAAUUCCAAUUGGAGAAUCAAUCAGGAUGGUCUGAUGUUGAAGUCUAGAAGUGUCUAUAAAUCUGUAACUGAAGAGGUGAAUGUAUGGGGAUGGCCUUUGCAGACAGGUGGAUUGUUUGGUACUGGUUUCUCCUCAAGUUCGUUCACCGUGUUAUCAGGCCGAUGGUCAGAGGGGAGAUUUGGUUACUCGGUACGUGAGGCCAACAUUUCGUGGGGGAAAACUAAAUGGAGCACAUUGGUUCUGCAACUAGAUCAUAGCACAUGGGUUCUUGAGUACAGUCUAAGCUUUAGAUAACUCAACUUCAUCAAAGGUUCUUCAAUUGACACGUCAGACACGGUUGUUUUCGGCUUACAAAUAAUUAUCAGUCCAAUAAUUAUCAAUCCAGCCACGUCUGUUUGUUUCCAGUGAACUAAUGACCCAUUAUGUAAUUUGGUUGCAGGUCCAGACAAGAAGCUCUAAGCAACAAUACAAGUUUCGAGUAUGAACAGACUUGCGUAACUGCCGUUGGCUCUGUUUCCUCUCCAUUCAGUCAACUGAGUUAAUCAUCUUAAUAAUUGUUUGCAAUCAAGUUCCCCCAUUAUGUGCUAUUUAAUUCAGCCUAUACCUUCUAUAUAUGUAGACUCUGGUGUAUAUAUAUGGUCACUGUGCUCCAGAGGAAAUGGCCCGUUUCUGCAUCUCCUUAUCUAACGAAAUCUUUCUGAAGUGAAGCAUCAACUCAUGGCGAAUUCCAAAAUCCACCUUUCCAUCUUUGAGUGCAUGGACCACAAUCUGUACCAGAUAACGCAAGAAAGGGAACAACGACCUUUCUCUGAGGGAAAAAUAAGUACUUUUAUGUCUCAGAUGCUUCAAGUCCUCGCACACAUGCAUAAAAAUAGUUAUUUCCAUCGGCAACUGAAACCAAGUAUGUAUAUUUUGUCAUGUUGAUUCUCAAUGGCCUCUCUUUUACUUAACAAUUGUUUUAGUUUAUUUUUGUUCUGAAGAGAAUUUGCUGGUGACCAGCAAUAUCCUCAAGAUUGCUGACUUUGGACUGGCUUGCGAAGUUGCAUCUAUGCUUCCUCGAAAAUGUCUCACCAGUUUCAGGUAUGGUCUUGAAUAUUGACACCUAAAACAAUCAAAACACUUCUUCUCUAUGCAGACCGUAGGGUUCCAGCUGAAAGUUUCGAGUGAAGAAAGCAAGAGGACAGCUUUGGAAAUACAAAGAGUGUAAAGGUAGGCUCAAGAAAUGAUAUGUAGAUGAUAGAGCACAAGUAGUGUAUUAUUAUUGUUUUUGAAGGAAUUACAAUCUCAGUAUUUCUAAUGA